AGACACGAUGUCAGGCACGAUCGUGCCUGGGAUCGUGCCUGCGGAACGGUCGCGUAAAAAUAUUGCAGACAUGAUCGUGCCUGCACCGGACACGAUCGUGUCUGGCUGCCAGUAGCUCCGCGUCAAUUCAGAUGGCAGGCACGAUCGUGCCUGCCCUAGGCACGGCCGUGCCUGACCAUUUCUUCAUCAUUUUUCUUCGUUUCUCGUUCCGAAUGCUCCCGAAUGCCUACGAGGUCGAUCCAAAUGCUCUUUCUUCACCGGAAUUUCGUCGUGAAUCUCCCAGUGACCUCCAAAUCUUCCAAAUCUCUCUCGAAUGCCUUCAAAUCCUUCCCGAAUGCCUCUCAAGCGCCGAUUGCCGGACUCUAACUUCUUCAAAUCAACUCCAAAUGCUAUGACACUCGAUCCAACGCCUGUUAAACACAUCUUGAGCCAAAAUUGAGACUUGCAACGCCUUGAAGCCAGGAAAAUCAUCAGAAUCCGACCCGAACACGCAUCAAAUGCGUGUCUAAAUACGGACUUAUCAGACUCCCCCACACUUAAGCUUUUGCUUGUCCUCAAGCAAAUCGAACAACGGGACUUACGAUAAUCACCACACGGAAUUUAAAAUAGUUAGCAUACAUACGUAGUUAAAGGGAUAUUCACAGGACAGACAAUCUAAACCAAGAAAAUUCUUCUCUAAACUACAUCUUUGUACUCAAGCUAAUCUAUUUGACACAAUUAUUCACAACAUCCUCAAAGUAAUGACAGCAUACACAAAUAAGUUAGCUACUGAUCAGAAGGACUUGUGAAUUUGAUGGUGAAUGUUUAAUGAUAAUAGUCCCUUUAUGUUGAGAGAUAGGAAUAUCCUAACAAAGACUUAAUGUAUUUAGGAACUUCAGGGUUAUUCCUAGGAACAAAGAACUCAGUAAGCCACAAAUUAGGAACAUUUGUAAACAUCUCGGCACAUUUGUGCUUUGACGUAUACUUGAAGUAGACAUGGCGUACAACUAAGCUAAACUGUCUCGGCACAUUUGUGCUUUGACGUAUACUUGAAGUACGUGGAGGACUAAAGCUAUUUUUUUUUUCAAUAGCCUCCAAGUUCAUUAAUUAAGUUUAGUUUUCCUUGUCAUGUUGGCACGAGAACGCCGUUUCUUUCGAAAGAUACCCAAGUCUCAUCUUACGCUUUUUGACCGGGGCUCCCAUUCUUUUUUUCGCAAAGUAAGAGGUCUAGCUAUAUUAAUUUUUCACCUUUCGGAUUCUCACUAGACAUUACCCCAUUCUAAUCUCGGCCUCACCAAGGAAAAAUAGCAAUUAAGGUUCAUUUAUUUAAAAGUGAAUCCAUGCCUACAAUGCAAUCCUCGAAAGUAUCAUAUUCCUAAAAAGUGACUGCUCUUACCCCAUUUGGGGCAUAGGAACAGUGCCAAAAAUGGCUCCUACACAAAUUCCCUAAACUUAACAAAUUAAUCCCUUAAUUCCCUAAACAUCGAGACUAAGUCAGAAAUAUUCAUGGGUAAGAAAGCAGGCCAUUUGGCUAUGGAGCUAAAUUAAUUGGGUAACAAUGAACGGUCAGGCUCAAAAUGGCUUCUCCUAAAGGAUUUUAUCAGGUGGGGGUGGAUGAAUAAUGAAAAUUCAAUGGGUGACUAAUGCCUUCAUCCUUUCAACAACUAGAUUAUAGUGCAAGCAAUUUAAGCCUAAACACUUCAAAGAUGUUCUAAAAGCAUAGUCAAAACGCUAGCCAGCUCACAAAGACACAGUUUAAAGAAAAAAUUUCAAAAAUUUUGCAUGAAUUUCCUAUGAAUAUACAACUAACACUUGCGCAUGCUAACUCUAACAAAUCAAAUGUGACAACUACUGCCCGAAUGCCCAAUUCACUCCCCCACACUUAAACUUUGGCAUCGCCCUCGAUGACCAAAUAUGCAUUAUGUAUUAGGGGUAAAGAGGAAAGGGUCACGCGUGCUCAAAAACAACUCAAGUUAACAUUACGUAUCGAGUUCAAAGAAUCAUGGAAACUCCCCUAUCGCGUUGGUCAGUCAGGAACAGAACUGGGUCUUGAUUCGCACAAACCCAUUCAUCCACUAAGCUGCAACAAAUCAUGAACCCAAAGCAAAGCAAAGCAUAAUAAAAAGCGUUAAGUGUAAGAGUGAGAGUGUGAGUGUGAUAGUGUUUACGGUACAGUCAUCCAAAAGUAUAAUGAUACAGAUGCUAGCAGAGGACAGUCUAAAUAACAUCUAAUACUCGGGAGGGGGUGGCGGUGGAUAUGCGUCAAAGAACGAACUCCAGCUAGUCUCCAUGGAAGUGAGUCUCUCAUCAAUCCGGGUGUACUGAGACUGGAGCUGUGAAUAAUGGAGUGUCUGGUCCUCCCUCAUCUCUCUGUAGAAGUCCUGCUGCUCGAAGCGCAUCUGAUCAAAUCUCUCGUGCUGCUCCGCGGACAGCUGCCGAUACACAGCAUCCUGGUGCGCAUGCAUCCCCGCCCAAGAAUCCGGAAAAGCUGUGCCGUAGGGGGGUGCAUCGUAUGGAACCUUGUGAGCAGCAGCCUCCAUCUCUACCUCAUCAUCAUCAUCAACGUCAUCAUCAUCAUCAUCAUCAUCAGUUCGUUGUCCUCCUCCUCCUGCUGGUGCUGCCGGCUGUGUCCUCCUCCUCGCCACGCCAGUGUUGACCUCGGGGAGCCGGGUCAAAGCAACAAAACUGGAGCUCUCCUCCAUCCUCAGAAAUCGGUCCCCGAACCCCAUCCUCGUCAACAUCCUCGUAAUGAAUGGACCAGCAAAUAUGGCCUUGAUAUGGUUUGUGGCCUGACGGUGAAAGAGCUUGGCAAGGAGAUAGCCCAUGUGGAGCCUGCGGUUGUGGAUCAUACAGUACAAACAGAAGAGGUCAGUCUGAGUGACCUUACCAGCAACCUCGGCCUUGCCGGUGAUGGUAGAAGAAAGGAGGGCGUGAAUAAUGCGGUACUGGCGGGGGUAGAGUAGGGUGCUAGGGAACAUCUUCGGUCUGUAAGUCCCGCCAUCUCUCGUGAUCGACUCCCAGAAUGCCUGGCGGUCAACGCCGGGUGGGAAAUCUGUGAAGGGGACCUCGUGCUGGCCGUUAUCCUCGGCCCCUGUGAAGCCCAAGUAAUACUCCAAAGCACCCAUGGUGAUGGCGUGGUCCUCCUCAAAAGCUCUGAAUCGGAUGAGAGGCCGGGUGUUGUCAUCAAUAGAAAUGGUCUUCGGCAUCUUAAACGUUGCCAGCACCUCACAAGUAAUCUCUCUAUAUGUCAUAUCACGGAUCCCAAAAAACAGGUGUCUCCACCACCCUCGUCUCAAUAAGAACAUCACUUCAUCUCUCACUCCUGCUGCCGUGAGAGAGUCCUCAUCCGGAAAGUAAAAUGUGCCCAUAGGCUUUUGCAGCAGCUCCGUAUGCUUCAGUUCGUCCUGCAGUUGCGGGAACCUCGGCUGGUACCGGCCGGUGUUGCCUCGGCUAGAGCCGGCACCUCCACCUCUAGUGUGCUUCUGCCUUGGCGCCAUCUGUCAAAACGAAUCCAAACAAGAAUUCCAACGAGGCUUCCAAGUGUUAGAAUUAAUUUACAAAGUACAACAAUGGCCCCGUCAGCAAUUAAUCAAGCGAAAAUAUCAUCAUAGUAGAACAAACCCAAGUUUAACCAGAAUAGUUGAAAAGUUUGAAUUUUUAUCAAAGAACAGUUCUUUGAAUAAAAGUUUCAAAUUUUCAACGACACACGGUAUAAACAAGGUCACAAGAAAGCUUAUUCAUCACAACAGUGUUUGUAGUAUGGAGUUCUUCCCAAAAGAAUUAGCAAAAAGAUCACCAUUAGGGGAAGAACCCAAAAUUCUCAAAUUGGACAAAAUUUUGCCUAAAAUUGGGGAUUUAUGCUCAAAUGGACUCAACAACAAGGUUUCAACCUUACAAGCAAUAAUUCAUUCCUUAAUUCAAGCAACAAGCACAAAAUCCCCAAAUUUUUCUCGCAUUCAACAAGAUUUACCCUAAAUUGGCUAAAUUAGUUCAAAAAUUAGGGAUUUCAAUCAAAAGAGGCAAAUUCAUCAACAUAGACCAUCAAAAUCAUCAAUUCAAGCCUCAAUUAACACAAAGAAAUCACAAUCACUAAGAUUCGAGCACAUGCAAAGUCAGACCUAAAAGCUUCAAACACCACCAUUAAUGGUGGAAGAAAGAGAGAGGAAGAAGAUGAAAGUUACCUUGAGUGAAGAGAAGAGAGAGAAGGGCAGAGGGCCGGUGGUCUGGGUUCGCGGCGGUCGUCGGUGUGGUGCGACGGUGGUGGUGGGUCGCGGGUGGCCUAGGUAACGUCGAGGGAGAAGAACGAUUGGGGGGCUGCUUCGUUGGUCGCGUUGAGAGAGGGGGGGAAGGGGUUGGGGUUUGUUUAAGUCGCGGGGGUAUUUCGGUCAAAUCGCCCAAGCACGAUCGUGCCUAGGCCAGACACGAUCGUGUCUGGCAGGCAGUGGGCACGCUCCUCUCGCGUCCCAGGCACGAUCGUGCCUCCAGCCAGACACGAUCGUGCCUGGCUGGCAGUGGCCUCGCGUGUUUUCCCCUUUGCAGGCACGAUCGUGCCUGGCAAAAAUCGAAAUAUUAUUUUUUUUUUUUGGGUUUUUGUGGGUUUUUUGAAAAGCAACAAAACUAAACUAAUGAAGCAAAAAUUAAGCUCGGGUUGCCUCCCGAGAAGCGCUAUUUUUAACGUCGUUUGCCCGACGCAUCUACACAUUCAUCUCUCCAAAUUCGUGACAAAGGUCACCUCACGCUCGCGUUCUAGCGGUCCUCCGUAGUAUUUCUUCAGGUGAUGGCCGUUAACUUUAAAACGGCCCUUCUCAGGAUGAUCAAUCUCAACAGUUCCAUACGGAAAAACUUCGCUCACUACAAAAGGACCGGACCACCUAGACUUCAAUUUUCCUUUAAAAAUCUUCAUUCGGGGAUUGAAUAGCAGAACUUGAUCCCCCUUACGAAACUCUUUUCCUUGCUUAAUGUGCCGAUCAUGAUAGGCUUUGGUACGCUCCUUACUAAUCUUAGAGUUCUCAUAGGCGAUAAGCCUCCACUCAUCCAACUCGUUGAGCUUCCAAAGUCGCUCACGACCCGCCAAAGACAAAUCCUUAUUCAGUGUUUUCAAGGCCCAGUAUGCCUUAUGCUCUAUCUCUACCGGAAGGUGGCACGCCUUCCCAUAAACCAAGUGAAACGGAGUAGUGCCAAUGGGUGUCUUAUACGCUGUACGCAGUGCCCACAGCGCAUCAUCAAGCUUAUCAGACCAAUCCUUCCUAUGGGUCUCAACAGUCUUCUCAAGGAUGGUCUUAAUGUCCCUAUUCGAGUUCUCCACUUGGCCACUAGUUUGAGGGUGAUAAGGGACGCCCCCUUUAUGAGUGACCCUGUAUUUUGCCAGAAGGCGAGUCAUCGGAUCAUUCCUAAAGUGGGUUCCCCUGUCACUUAUCAAAACUCGUGGCACUCCAAACCUAGAAAACAAUUUCUUCAGAAAACGAAUCACAACUCUAGCAUCGUUAGUGGGCAGAGCUUCAGCCUCAACCCACUUAGAGACAUAAUCCACAGCAACCAGAAUGAAUUUAUUACCUUUAGAACCCGGGAACGGCCCCAUGAAGUCAAUGCCCCAAACAUCAAAUACCUCACAAGCCAAUAUGAAAUUUUGGGGCAUCUCAUCCCUCUUGGUAACCGGCCCGGUGCGUUGACACCUGUCACAUUCCUGCACAAACGUUAGAGCAUCUUUAAACAACGUGUGCCAGAAGAAACCACAUUCCAACACCUUACGAGCUGUCCGGUUAAAAGAAUAGUGUCCCCCAGUCGGUCCGGAGUGACAAUGUUUGAGAAUCUCAACUCCUUCACUCAAGGGAACACAUCUUCUAACAACCUGAUCAGCACAAAUACGAAACAAAUAUGGUUCCUCCCAGAAAUAAUACUUCAGAUCAGCAAAAAAUUUCCUUCGUUGAUGAGGUGUAUAAUCAGAAGGAACAACACCCCCAACAAGAUAGUUGGCGAUGUCAGAAAACCAAGGCACCUCAUCAACGAUCCUAAAAAGUCUCUCAUCAGGAAAAGUACCCUCAAUAUCUCUCUGGGAAUAGAUGCAAAUAGGCCCAUGUACUAACAGAUGAUUGCAAAUGGACAUAAAAUACCAAUUAAAGGUGUAGGAGAAAUGAGGAAGCGAUGAGAGAGAAACUCUCAUCCCUCACUACCAAUCCGGCAGGUAACUUUUAAGAUAUGUACGCCGAGUUCCGCCACCCCUACCGGCGGAACAAAAACACCUAUUUCGAACAUCACUGCUCUUGCAGGCACCACCAAUGCACAUACCUCCCUUACCAUGGCUAUCAAAAUGGGUAUCUUAGCCCCCAGGUUUUUCAACCACUCCCGUACUGGGAAUUUCAAUACCCUCUAGAACGAAGCUACACACCCAGAUUUUUUACUCCAGUAGAGAAGAGCUUCACCAAGCAUAACAACAAGCGACACCUUCACAGGCACGAAGGGCCUAGAAAGCCACCGCCUAGGGUACGGUCGGCGAGGAACCGGGCACACACCAAUCAUCGUCACACUCACCACCGACUCAAGUCUAAUGACGCCUACCGAGUCUCCAUAAGGGAUAGCGACGGAGCUUGGCGCACAGUCUACAACAGACGGCGCCCUUCUCCCCACUUCAACCACCAAACCUCGAAACAUUCAACUAUCAUCGCUGAAAACAAUCGGUCGUUGGCCCAUAACAAUCGCUACAUCUCGCUUACAGAUAUGGCCGAUGAACCCCUCAACACAGCGAUUGAGCCCUACCCUACCCCCCACUUCGGUCAUCCUCAAAGAAAUAGAGGAAAAGGAAACCGUUUAAACCGAUUUCCUAGAGCUCGCCUGAGGACGACGGAAAUCAACUUCGAAACACAUCAAGAAAUCAUCUCCCCUACGAAUUCGAAGGUAAUCAGAUCCGGGAGUCAUGGCUCGAUGGUCCGACCGGAAUUCUUGAAUGGGAAAAUGGUGGACACGGCUAUCCCUGGGGCCGAUAAACGGGUAUCUUCGGUAGGGACCCAACCAGUACAGCUGCAAGAGGAAAAUAAUGCUACAGUCUUCACAUGGGCAGACCUCCUCAAGGUAGACACAGACAAAAUACCCUCCUCCAGUCUGACCCAUAUCCAAAAGGACAUGGCAGACUCUUCCUUGGUCAACAAAAACCAUUUACUCACCGGAAGCAUUCAGACCGUGACGGCAAUUACCCCAUAUGAGGAUUCAGCAAAUGAGGAUUCAGAAAAGUUCAUUUUCUUUGGCGAAGAAGGUUUUGACUCAAUCCAAAUUGAAUCAAAACAAUUCAAAUUUGCAGUAAAAAACAACGUUGUCACCAUUUUCGAAAUUCGAAACUCCUUGCUUAAAAAAAUCGCUUUAAAUUUCGAUACAGCUACCCAAAUCAUCCAGUAUCUCUCUUAUGCUGACUUUAAACUUAGGCAUCAAAGCAGAUUCGGGCCUAUUACAGUCUCUCCGGAAUUCAGCAGAGCUGGUAAUUUUGUGAAAAUUACCAAGGCAAAGGGGAGCUCCAUCCUAAUUCCCAUUGGUCAACAACAAAAAGGAUUGAAUGCCUUUCUAAAUAUUUUCUCUAAUUUUGUGGGGCUUAGUGUGCAGGAGGACCCGAUGAUUUUAGCUCCCCGGCAUAUGACAGGCAAUGAAGUUGGCCUUUCUAUUUCUAAAGAGAUCCUUAAUUUAGAUAUUCUGGGAGCUGGUGUCACGUUUCAAGAGACUCAUUCUGUGGAAAACCCUAAACAAAAACAUUCACUGCUUCAAGCUUACUCAGAUGCCUCUGAUAGCUUUGAUCCAUCAGAUGACUCUUUUUUCUCAGACGAUUUCCUAGGGCACGCAACCGAAAGCGACCGCCGAAUUCCCAUCUCCACGCAGGAAGAUAUUCAGAAUUCUGAUUUCAAUAGACAGAUUUGCUAUAAAUCCCAGUUCAUCACUCAGGAUAACAGCCUGCCAACUGAGAACCUGAAUACACAACUCAAAAUUUACAGGAAAACUCAGAAGAAUAAACGGCGUCAUAGCAUGAGAACUAGAUCUCAGUCCAAGAAUUUUCCUUGGGCUUAGUUUAUGUUUUUUUUUUUGUUUUAAUUUUUCUUUGUGUACGCUUUUUAUUUUUCCUUUCUUGCAUUGUAUUUCCCCUUUUAUUCAAUAAAAGUUUUUCUUCUUAGAAAAAAAAAAAAAAAAAAAGGCCCAUGUACUAACAAAAAAAGGUCAAAUAAGCCCUUAUUUAGGAAGUUCUGUCCGACCGUCGUCAUUUGGGGUGGUUCCCAGUGGAUUUUUUUGAUGAAAUUUUUUGAGCAUCUUAUUAAUCAAGUCUAGUUUGCUCAUACCAAAUUUCAGCUAAAACUUCAAUCGGGAAG